CUUCCCCGCCCCGCGGGCGCGGCAUGCAAAUCCGGGCGGCAGGAAGUCCCUGGGCCCGGCCCGGCCCGGCCACCGCCAGUUCCUCUCCGCGCCGCCGCCUGUAGCUCCGGCCCUGGCGCGCCCGGGGACCCCGCGCCCCGCCUCGCCCCGCGGCCGCCCCGUCUGGAAAUAUGGGAUGUAUAAAAUCAAAAAGGAAAGACCAUGUGAAUGACGAUGGAAUAGAUUUGAAGACUCAACCAGUACGUAAUACUGACCGAACUAUUUAUGUGAGAGAUCCAACGUCCAAUAAGCAGCAAAGGCCAGUUCCAGAUUCUCAGCUUUUACCAGGACAGAGGUUUCAGACUAAAGACCCAGAGGAACAAGGGGACAUUGUGGUCGCCUUGUACCCCUACGAUGGCAUCCACCCAGACGACCUGUCCUUCAAGAAGGGGGAGAAGAUGAAAGUGCUGGAGGAGCACGGAGAGUGGUGGAAGGCGAAAUCCCUCUCGACCAAGCGAGAAGGCUUCAUCCCCAGCAACUAUGUCGCCAAAGCCAACACCUUGGAGACGGAGGAGUGGUUUUUCAAGGACAUCACCAGGAAAGAUGCAGAAAGGCAACUUUUGGCACCAGGAAACAGCCCCGGAGCUUUUCUCAUCAGGGAAAGUGAGACACUGAAAGGAAGCUUCUCUCUGUCUGUCAGAGAUUAUGACCCUGUGCAUGGUGAUGUUAUUAAGCACUACAAAAUCAGAAGCCUGGACAAUGGGGGUUAUUACAUCUCUCCACGAAUCACUUUUCCUUGUAUCAGUGACAUGAUCAAGCAUUACCAAAAGCAGUCGGACGGGCUGUGCAGGAGGCUGGAGAAGGCGUGUAUCAGCCCCAAGCCACAGAAGCCGUGGGACAAGGACGCCUGGGAGAUCGCUCGGGAGUCCAUUAAGUUGGUGAAGAGGCUCGGAGCCGGCCAGUUCGGAGAAGUCUGGAUGGGCUUCUACAACAACAGCACCAAAGUGGCCGUGAAAACCCUGAAGCCGGGCACCAUGUCCGUGCAGGCCUUCCUGGAGGAGGCGAACCUCAUGAAGACGCUUCAGCAUGACAAGCUGGUGAGACUGUACGCCGUGGUCACCAAGGAGGAGCCCAUCUACAUCAUCACAGAGUACAUGGCCAAAGGGAGCCUGCUGGACUUCCUGAAGAGUGCCGAGGGGGCCAAAGUGCUGCUUCCGAAGCUCAUCGACUUUUCUGCUCAGAUCGCCGAGGGAAUGGCCUACAUCGAGCGGAAGAACUAUAUUCACCGAGACCUGCGCGCAGCCAACGUCCUGGUUUCCGACUCACUGAUCUGUAAAAUUGCAGAUUUUGGCCUGGCCCGGGUGAUCGAAGAUAAUGAAUACACAGCCAGGGAAGGUGCUAAAUUCCCCAUCAAGUGGACAGCUCCGGAAGCCAUCAACUUCGGCUGUUUCACCAUUAAGUCUGACGUCUGGUCCUUCGGAAUUCUCCUCUACGAGAUCGUCACCUACGGGAAAAUCCCCUACCCAGGGAGGACCAACGCGGACGUGAUGACCGCCCUGUCCCAGGGCUACCGAAUGCCUCGCAUGGACAACUGCCCCGAAGAGCUGUACGACAUCAUGAAGAUGUGCUGGAAGGAGAAGGCGGAGGAGCGACCCACCUUCGACUACCUGCAGAGCGUCCUCGACGACUUCUACACGGCCACGGAGGGCCAGUACCAGCAGCAGCCCUAGGGCCGGGGACAGCUGAGCCGCUGGCGGGCGCCGACCACCCCCGAGAGCAGGGGCGCCCCCGGAACUGGGUCUCUGCCCUGCCUCGCUGUGCCGACGGCCGGCCCCCACCUUCGUCCGAGAGACCCUCCUGCUCCUCGUGCCCUCGGCUGGCCCGUGUUUACAACAGGGCUGUGACCCGUGCCCAGCAGCCACGGAAGGACACUCACGUAUUAAGCAGAUGCCCUUGAGGACGUUUCUCUGAUUUCUCUCUGUGCUUUGGCUGAUCUGUUUAAAAGUUACUAACCUGACCUGUUAGCGCUUGCAGGCGAAGCAGAUGCUUAAAUAAAACGAAAUCAACCCAAAAUUGUGUUUUCCGGAUCCUGGUGAUUGACCCGGAAUCGGAGGCCGCCAGCUUUUUCCUUCCGUGGACACAGCUCAGGCCCCCCAGCCUCUGCCUCGGUGGAGUCCGGCUGCCACCCUGCCCCCGCAGAGAGGAGAGAGCAGCAGCGGCCGCCCUCAGGAAGAGCCAGUGCCGAUGGCUCGGAGUCUCCGUCUCACGUUUCCUCUGGACACUGUCGUUCCGAGAGCCACCCUGCGUAGGGCGCCCUCCCCCGCCUAAGAAUUCUCUUCUUGCUUCCGAUGGUCUGAACAUUGUUUUCACGGUCGUGUGUUAAUUUUAGUUAUACGCUUGAAAGUAAAACUGCCAGUCCUUGGAACUUUUUUUUGGUCCAGCAACCUUUUCUAGAUUUUUGUAAGAUGUGAUGCACAUUUCGUGAGACUAUUUAUACAUGGAUAGUAAGGAAUGGCAAGGUGAUGAGUCACGAAUGCAGAGACAAGAAAUUCAGUUGACUAGGUUUUUCUGUAGGCUUCUUCCAGUGCAAAAUGCUCUGUCACUUAAUGCUGUCAUGUACAUACUAAUAUUUCUAUUUUCUGGUUUUAUUUGAAUAUACCUGAAUAAUAACAUCUCAAGAUUUUUACUUGUGUUUAAUAUUUUCAGGUUUCUUUCUUUUUUCCAGGAUGAGAAAUGAGCACCAAGGGUCAGGGGAAUGAACAGGGAUUCCUCAGAGUUGCAAAGGAUAAACAGCACACCCACAGAAGUUCUACUUUUGAACAAUUUCAGCUUGGAAAAUUGAGGGCUGUGCGGCCCUGGUGCCCGAAAGCCCUUUCUGAUGUCCGAGGAGGAUUUAUUUUCAAGUAGCUGUGGCAGGAGCCAGUAGUCUCUCAUCCUGUUAGUGUUGGCGAGACCUCAGGUGUCACGGGGAAACGAGAAAACAGUCUCCUUUCCCCCUAACUUUUAACUUCCUCUCCGGUGGAACAUUUUACAUAUGCCAAAAUACUCAAAAUCCUCAGUUCACAAGUGCCUUCAUCACAGAGACAGAAUAUUGUCGCAUGCAUGGCGUCAGCGGCCCUAGGUACGUGGCGUGCCACAGAAAGCUUCCUCCAUCCUAAUGCCUGUCAUCUUUUAUUCCCGAAUGCCUAACGUAUCGGUGCCGA